AUGGAAAAGCACAUAUUUGAUGAUCAACUCGCUCUUUAUUGGUAGUUAUAUUAGCACAUCACUGGACACCUUUUUGCAUGUUAACUUUUAUUCAUUUUUUGUGAUUUUGGACAGCACUGUGUGAGAAUGACUUUUAUUUUGGUGUGGAGACGUGACGUCAUAAGGCUGCCCCGCGCUCCUGCUUUUGUGAUACAGCUUAAGAAAGGUUUGUCCCACCAGAGUCGCCAAAGAAAGAGACAAAGUGUCCAAACACAGGAAACUUCUACUGAAGCAACUGAGAUCUACUGAAAGAUGGCUUUUAUUAAAGAGGAGAGUGAAGAUGUGAAGAUUGAAGAAACAUUCAGAGUCAAACAAGAAGAUACUGAGGAACAAACAAAGAUGAUGUUUAUUAAAGAGGAGAGUAAAGAUAUGAAGACUGAAGAAACAUUCAGAGUCAAACAAGAAGAUACUGAGGAACAAACAGACCUGAUGGCACUGAAAGAAGAGAGUCAAGACCUGAAUGAAAACAAAGAGAAACAUCUGAGUGAUGAGAAGCAUCAGGAUUUCAUAACUGAAGAAAGAUCUUUCAGUUGCUCACAGUCAAAAACGAUUUCCAUGCAAAAAAAAGCUCAGAAAACAGGAUCUAGGAAGUUCACCUGCAAACAGUUUGGAAAAAGUUUCAUUCGAAAAGUAUCUCUUAAAGUACAUGAAAUCAUUCACACUGAAGAGAAGCCUUUCACCUGCCCUCAGUGUGGUAAGGGUUUUUCACAAAGAUCAGCAUUGUAUUCCCACAUGAGAACUCACACUGGAGAAAAGCCUUUCACCUGCCAACAGUGUGGAAAAGGUUUCGCUCAAAAUGAAACCCUUAAAGCCCACAUGAGAGUUCACACUGGAGAGAAGCCUUUCACCUGCCAACAGUGUGGGAAAAGCUUCACUGAAAGAGGAAACCUUCAGGUUCACAUGAGACUUCACACUGGAGAAAAGCCUUUCACCUGCCAACAGUGUGGUAAGGGUUUUUCACGAAGAGAUUCAUUGUAUUCCCACAUGAGAACUCACACUGGAGAAAAGCCUUUCACCUGCCAACAGUGUGGUAAGGGUUUUUCACAUAGAGCAGCAUUGUAUCCCCACAUGAGAAGUCACACUGGAGAGAAGCCUUUUCCCUGCCAACAGUGUGGAAAAAGUUUCAUUCGAAAAGAAAAUCUUAAAGUGCAUGAAAGAGUUCACACUGAUGAGAAGACUCACAUAUGCUCUCAGUGUGGUAAGGGUUUUUCACGAAGAUCAGCAUUGUAUUCCCACAUGAGAACUCACACUGGAGAGAAGCCUUUCUUAUGCCAGCAAUGUGGACAAAGUUUCACUGAAAGAGGAAACCUUCAGGUUCACAUGAGACUUCACACUGGAGAAAAGCCUUUCACCUGCCAACAGUGUGGAAAAGCUUUCACUCAUAAUCAAAGCCUUAAAGCCCACAUGAGCGUUCACACUCAAGAAAAGCCUUUCACCUGCCAACAGUGUGGGAAAGGUUAUACUCAAAAUAAAAGCCUUCAAGUCCACAUGAGAAGUCACACUGGAGAGAAGCCUUUUCCCUGCCAACAGUGUGGAAAAAGUUUCAUUCGAAAAGGAUCUCUUAAAAUACAUGAAAGAGUUCACACUGAAGAGAAGCCUUACAAAUGCUCUCAGUGUGGUAAGGGUUUCUCACAAAGAGAUUCAUUGUAUCCCCACAUGAGAAGUCACACUGGAGAGAAGCCUUUCACAUGCCAGCAAUGUGGACAGAGUUUUAAUGAAAGAAGAAACCUUAAGGUUCACCUGAGAAUUCACACUGGAGAGAAGCCUUUCACCUGCCAGCAAUGUGGACAAAGAUUUACUGAAAGAAGAAACCUUAAGGUUCACCUGAGAAUUCACACUGGAGAGAAGCCUUUCACAUGCACCCAGUGUGGGAAAAGUUUCUCUCGAAAGAAACGCCUUGAAUCCCACAUGAGAAUUCACACCUGA